AUGGAAGUCCUCACUCAAAUGCCAAAAUAUUCCAAGUUCUUGAGAGACUUCCUCAUUCACAAAAGAAAGAUUGAAACCAUUCAACAAGUCACUCUUAGUGAACAAUGCUCGGCGGCACUCCUCAACAAGCUCCCCCAAAAGAAGAUUGAUCCCAAAAGCUUCAUCAUUCCUUGCUCUAUUGGUGGAUCACCAAUAAGCAACGCACUAGCCGACUUGGGAGCUAGCAUUAAUUUAAUGCCGGUCUCUGUGUUCAACCGAUUAGGAUUGGGUAAGCCACAUCCUACAAAGAUGAGCAUACAACUUGCGGAUAGAUCGGUAAAGUACCCUCAAGACAUGGAAGAAGACACCGAAAUCCCGCUCAUACUAGGAAGACCCUUCCUUGCCACCACACAAGCUAUGGUGGACAUGAGUGACGGAAAACUAACAUUGAGGGUUGGUGAAAAAGAUAUCAAGUUUGAAGUUGGGCAACAAGCGGAGGAUGAUCCGGUCAAAUACCUCAACGCCAUUGAUUCAAGCUUAGACGAUGCAUUACAAUGA